AUACGCAUGAUUGAUUGAUAUAUUUAGAUCUAAUAGGUUUUUUUAGCAGCAUGAAACCACUGUCCAUAUACUGUAAUCACGUUACUCCAGCAGCAACACUGACUGGUGGGAUACAGUUACCUUGAAUAUCUAUUCCCUCUUUCCCUUCCAUCGUCCGUCAGUCCCCGCCGUUGAUCUAAUUCUGUCAGAGCCGGUAGAGGGAGGGGGCAGCCUGCUCUAUCUACAACCAUUGCUCCAAACCAGUGACCACCUUAACUUGGUCUCUGUCUGUCUCCCCUGCCUCAUCCACUGGGACGGAAGUCAACUCUCUUUGGACCAGCCCGCAAUUGGACCCAUGAAACUUUUUUUUUCGACUUCUGGAACAAGAAAGGAAAAUGCACAUUAAAGUACUGAGAAUGGAAAAAGAGGUGUAGAGUUUCCAGAGGGGGGGGGGGGUCCGGAUUUUCCACAUAUCCUCAGCACCAGCCAUACACGAGACGUUGCUAGGUUGGAAUUAAACACUGGGAUUAAAUCGCGCAGAGGAGUUGAGGAUCUACCAAGAGUAUUUGUUUUCAUGGCAACUUAAUCUGCACAAAGGAUUUACUGUUGGAAUUUUACUUUGAAACUAUGACUGAAACAGUUGAAGCGCGGUCGUCGACCACCACCAUGGUCAUCGACGGUAAGCAUGUAGACGCCGGGUCGGCGUCUUCACGAGGACACAAGAAAACUUUUUCAGAUGACCUCCACUCUACCUUCAGCUCCCCACUAGCCUGGAUCUUGGUUCUGGCUCUCAUCAUUACAUGGUCUUGUGUUUUUGUCAUCAUGUUUGAUCUGAUGGACUACAAGACCGUUUCAGGUCGCCCACCUCCUCUCGUCAGGAAGGUUUUAAAGGAUUCAGGCCGUAGAGGAGGCCUCACCAAGAUCGGCUCAGACCCCAUGAAGGUGGUGAACGAUGUCGUGGACGAAUCGACAAACGUGAUGAGUGCGAUUUUAAGCUUUGUUGCCAACCUGGUUGCUCCUGAAGACGACGAAGUAACUCUAUCUGCAGUGAGAAAAAAAGAUUCAGGAUGGUUGGAGGAGGAGGAGAAAGAUAAAGUGGAGGUGAAGAUUAAAAAAGCAAAAGGAGAAUUUCUACCCUCCCGAAGUAAAGUUAUAGGGAUGCAAGCAAAGGCGAUACCACCAGUGAUUGAAGUUGUGGAGGAGGGAGAAGAAGAGGUAGGAGAGGAGGAGGGAGAAGAAGUGGGAGAGGAGGAGGGAGAUGAAGUGGAGGCUGCUGGUGAGGAAGAGGAGGAUGAAGAACUAGAGGAGGAAGAGGAAGAGGAAGAGUAUGAAGAGGAGUAUGAAGAGGAUUAUGAAGAGGAGUACAAUGAGGCAUAUGAAAAAUAUUAUGAGGAGGAGGAGGAAGCUGAAGGAGAGGAGUUGGAAGGAGUGGAAGAGGAGGAAGAAGAAGAAGAAGGAGAGGAGGAGGGAGCAGAAGCCGUGGAUGAAGAGGAGAAAGAGGAGGAGGAUGAAGAGGAGGGGGCAGAAGCUGCGGAUGAGGAGGAGGAGGAGGAGGAAGAAGAGGGGGAGGGGUCAGAAGCUGUGGAUGAGGAGGAGGAGGAAGAAGAAGAGGAGGAGGGGGCAGAAGCUGUGGAUGAGGAGGAAGAGGAAGAAGAAGAGGAGGAGGGGGCAGAAGCUGUGGAUGAGGAGGAGAAGGAGGAAGAAGAAGAGGAGGAGGGGGCAGAAACUGAGGAAGAAGAAAAGGAGGAGGGGGCAGAAACUGUGGCAGCGGAAGAGGAGGAAGAAGAGGAGAAAGAAGAAGAGGGGGCAGAAACUGCAGAUAAGGAGGUGGAGGAAGAAGAGGAGGAAGAAGAGAAGGGGGCAGAAGCUGUGGCAGCGGAGGAGGAGAAGGGAGAGGAAGAAGGGCAAAGAGAGGAAGAGCAAGAGGGAGAGGGACUUGAAGCAGCUGCUGAUGAAGAGGAGGAUGAGGAGGUGAAGGUAGCUGCAGAGGUGGCACGAGAUGAGGAUGAAGAUGAAGAAGAGGAGAAGGAACCUGAAACAGCUGCAGCUGAGAUUGAUGAAGCUCAUGAGGAAGACGAAGUGAAAGAGGAAGCAGCAGCAGAAGAUGAUGAUGAUGAGGAGGAAGAAGAGGAGGCAGAUGCUGCUGAUGAAGAUGAUGUAGAAGAGUCUGAGCCUGCAACCGCUGAUGCCGAGGAUGAUGAUGAUGAUGAUGAGGAGGAAGAAGAAGAGAAGGCAGAUGCUGCUGAUGAAGAUGAUGUAGAAGAGACUGAACCUGCAGCCGCGGAUGCCGAGGAUGAUGAUGAUGAAGAGAAGGCAGACGCUGCUGACGAAGAUGAUGCAGUAGAGUCUGAGCCCGAGGAUGAAGAGGCUGAGGAUGAUGAAGUUUCUCCUGAACCUAUUUCCACUUCUGAGGAUGAAGAGUCGGCGGUGUCUCCUGAUUCUGAGUCUGACGCACCUGUUGACGUCCUAGACAGUGACGAUGGAGACGACGAAGACGACGAAGACGACGAAGAAGACGACGAAAAAGACGACAGUAGCGACGCUGUCACUGACUCCUCAGAAGUCAGUGAAUCUGCACUCCUUUCCAGCGAGGAGGAGGAGGAGGAGGAGGAGGAGAAGGACGAUGACGACGAUGAAGACGACAGAUUAGCGGAAGGCGCCGAGACGUCCGACAGCGACGGCGUGCUUCCAGAAGACAGCGACGACGACCUGGAGCUUGACCUUCCUCCUCUUCCUGCUGCCAGCGAGGACGACGAAGAGGAGGAAGAUCACAAACUUGCUGAGGAGGAAGAUCUUUCUGCUUUACCUUUCGUCGAGGAUGACGACGAUGAACACCUGGACGAAGACGUCAAAGUUGCCGAAGAGACUGAUGAGGAGGAUGAUGAUGAUGAUGAUGGUCUGGACCAAUCAGACGAGGACAUCUCCGUCGCCUCCUCUGAUCACUUUGCAGACGAUGAAGACGAUAAAGACGAUGAGGACGACGGUGACCUGAAAGACGAAGAACUCAAACUCGACCAAGACGUCCUCGCAGACCUCGACGAUGAUGAUGAUGAUGAUGAUGAUGAUGACAAACCCGAUGAUGUCACUGAAGAAGACAUCCAUGACGACGACGAUAAAGUGGAGGAGGAGGAAGUCGACGCUUCUCCCUUUGAGAGUACGGACAGCGGCGUCUUAGGCGAUGAAGAUGAUGACGACAGUGCUCUUGAAACUGAUGAAGAGACGGUCUUCAGCAGUGACAUCUCCUAUGCCUCAAACGACGAUGACGACGAUGAAGAUGAUGGCGUUAUUGACACCAGCUCGUUUGAGUUCAUCUUCGAUCAGGAAGAAGAAAAAGAAACAGUUGUUGACGCUGAAAAAGAUGAUGAUGAAGUCACAUCUGAGUCCUUACCUAGUGAGGAUGAAGAAGACGAUGAUGAUGAUGAUGAAGAUGAUGAAGAUAAAGAAGAGGAUGAUGAUGAUGUUGACGACAUCUUGCUAGCAGCUGCCACUGCAGCAGCGUUCUCCGUCCAGGAGGAGGCAGUAAAGGCUGAGGCAGACACCGACGAGGACGAGGACAUCAAACAGGCUGCUGAUGAAGAUAAGACUGAAGAGGCUGAAGAAGCAGAAACAAUUGUCACCAGUCAGCCUGCUGCUCUUGAAGAGGAAGAGGAUGAUGAGGGGGAAGAUGAAGCGCCGACAGCUGAACUGAAGAAAACUGUAGACGAGCCUGAAGAUAAAAAAGAGGAGGAGUACGACGAAGACGACGACGAGAAGGCGACGGUGGAUGUGAUCAAGCCUGUGCCUGAACCCGCGGAAGAAGCACCAAAGGCUGAACCCACAGCGUGUCCCUGUAUGCACUCUGCAAAGGCCACAGAGUCGGCCACCGAGACUGCAGAGAAAAAAGAUGCUCCAAGAAGAGUUUCAGCUAUAAGAAGGAAAAAAGAGCGUGAAGGUGAAAAGACUGAUGAAAAGCCAAUGAAGAAAGGUCUGCCCAGAAUUGUAAAACUGCAGCCACAAACCACGCGGAUCAGGAAACUUCCUGCUCCUUUCAGAGCAAGGAGAGUGGAGAAGACUUCCACCAAGACUCCCAAAAAAGAGCCAGAGACCAAAAAAGAAGAAGAGGUCUCAGAAUCUGAACAAGAAGUGGGUCCUUGCAGACCUGCACCAGUCUACUGCCCGUCCCCGCCUGGCUGGUACGUUCAUCAUGUCGUCACGGACAACCCGUACCCUCCUCCGACCAUGUCAGCUCCCUCUGCUCCUGUUCUGACCGCUCACCCCGUCAACCCCGGAGCUCCACCGCCUCUUUAUCAGCAGCAGCCACCGCAGCCGAUGCACCCGUUCUACGCACAGUAUCACCCAUAUCACCCAUAUCACCCAUAUCCACCAAUGCAGCCGGUGAUGCAGCCUCAACCGGAUCCAGUCCAGCCAGUUGACCCAACCCAGCCAGCUGAACCAGUCCAGCCAGCUGACCCAGUACAGCCAGCUGAACCAGUCCAGCCAGAAGCCACAGAACCAGAGGCUCCGGUUCAGCCUGAGAUCCCGAUUCCAGCUGCUGAAGCUCAGCCAGCUGUAGCUCCAGUCCAGGAACCAGAGACUGUUGAGGAGGAAGUGUUGGCUGCCUCCACUGAGAAAGCUGCAAAGAAGAAAAGCAAGGCUGCCGAUACAGAAAAAGAGCCGGCAGCAGCCAGAGAGAAAACAAAGAAAGAUGCUGCUGCUUCGAAAGAGAAAGCCAAAGCUGGCGCUGCAAAGAAAGAGCCAACCGUGAGAAAAGAGAAAACCAAAAGUCCUGCAGUGGAGAAGAAAGAGCCAGCUGUAAAAGAGAAAACCAAACCUGCUGCAGCUGCUAAGAAAGAGCCAGCUGUAACAGAGAAAACCAAACCUGCAGCAGCUGCUAAGAAAGAGCCUGCAGCUACAGUCCGACAGAAGAGGAAAUCAGCCUCUGACAAGACAGAAGUGUCACCCGUUAGGAGCAAAGCCAAGGCUUCUACAGCCAAGAAAGAUUCGGAUCCAGAAGCCCGUCCACAGCCGAUCAGACUGAGAACGAGACUAGAAGCUGUGAAGAGGGAGAACGUGACCUCUCACGCAAAGGAGGAGAAGCCUGCCAGGUCUUCCUCUGAACCAGCCAAAACACGGUCAAAAUCGUUGCCCGACAAGAAAAGCAAAGACGAGAAGGCUGAAACGAAAUCUGUCAAAGAGGCUCAAGAUAAAGAGAAACAACCAUCACAAGCUAAAGAGACCCAGACUGAUGACAAUACGACAGAAAAGAAGAAAACAGGCCAGAGAUACUUCCAGUGCAUUUACAUCCCUGGUAAAAAUGCACAGUACCCCUUGCGACCAGCCAUGUCCCCCGCCAUGAUGUCUCCCGCUAUCAAAUCCAUGUUGGAGCUGCAGCAGAGAGCAGCGAGGGCGUCGGGCCAAUAGGACAACCUGAUCCCUCACCUCUUUCUUCUGACAGCACUGCAUCUCCCAGUCCAGCAAGGGGAGACGCUCUGAAUCUGUGGGAUCCUUAAAUCCUGAGGAAAUACCACAGACAGACAGAUAAGAGUGGACAGAACUAUUUUGUCUUUAAUUUAUUCAUGUAUUUAUUUUUGUCUCGAUGUGGUCGAGCUCCUGGGGUUCCUGUUGAUAUUUCAUACUUUUUUCGCUUAGCUGAUGCUUCACCAGUCGACGCUGCCGUGCCUCGCUUGUGCCUUAGCUUUAACGUAAUGAUACCCAAUAUCCAAACACGGAAGCUUUUAUGUGAAUAUUCUUAACUCAGUAUGUGUAAAUAAUGCUUAUUUUUGUAAUUUAGGCUGAAAUAAAUGUGCACACCUUUGGCAUGUUGUUUUUGCAGUUUACUCUAGCAGUCCAUUUUAAUUUAAACUUUUUAUGGUACCCCACAUUUAAACUUUAAGGCACUUGUGCUGACAAAACAGUUAUGCACAGUGAGAAACACUGUUUUUUUUUAGUUUCAAAAGGUACUUAAUACUAAAUAAAAAACUGAUAAUGCACAAACAAACCAAAUAAUAAGUAGAAACUGGUACAGUAUUUUGCGUCAACUAUUAAAUAGGAAUAUAUAUCAGAAUAUCAUUAAGAAAUGAGUAAAACUAAAUAGCUUUUUUUUUAUUGAAUUUGAAUGGGAUUAAAUAUUACUUGAGUCAAGCUUUGUUUCAAUACGAGAGCUAUAAUCAACAGUUUGUGUCCCCUUUUAUUUUUAAUAGUAAUUUUAAAUCACCUGUAUCCUGCCUACCGUAACAAGAACGGGUGUGUUUCGCUGCUUUGCUGCAUCUGCAACAGAUUAGUGUGCUAAUGUUUGAAAGGUUAAAUCCCGGGAGCUCCCAUGUUUGAUCCAAGCAGACUCCCUGUCUCUGAUCCGGAGUCUCGUCGACAUGUUAAAUGUCGAUGAGUGAUGAACAAUGAUGAGGCAUUUUCUUCUUAGAUGACCUGAUAUCAGGCAGGAGUUAAGAGGAAGGUGAGCUCAUCUCAGCCCGUGUAACUUUUGGACAUGUUACAAUGUGUAUAACUGCAUUUUAAUGAAAGACACAACGCUUUAAGUUUAAAGAGAUACUUUGACAUCUUAAAUGCAAUUGUUGGAUGUUUUUCAUUCCCCACACACUGACGUGCUCAUACGUUGGAGUAGUCUUGGUCGUGAAAAUAAGGGCAUAAAGUAAAAAUUUACAGUAUUUGGACCCCUCAUCAAAUACUAACAAUAGUUUAAUACUUGAACCCUGUUAUUUCUCUUUUGUAAAUAAUUGGCCUCUCUGUUUCCCAUGUAAAUCUCCCAAACCUCGAAAGUAAUCUUUGUUCUUAUAAAUGAGGUGAUCACAUAGGAUCCCAAACGGUUUAAAGUUGAGCUGUCGCAGUUCGACACAGAACAUACCAGUUAUUUUAGCUUUGUUUAGAGACGGGGAGUCUGCACAGGACAACUCUGAUGUGACCAACUAAUGAGACGAUGUGAUGUCUGCUACAGUGGAUACAUGCCAUGUUAAUCAUCAGCUGAUUUAACAAAAAGCCUGAUGCACAUUGUCAUAUUUUCAGUUACCUCACUCGCUCUGGUUUUGUACCUUAUACCGACAAGGCUGACUUGUUGUCGCUGCAAAACUGUCGCUGAGCAUUAUCGGCAAUUUGCUGUUGUCUUACUGAAUGAAAACCUUGACUACAGAGAACCAAAAACAUUUUAAUCCUGGGAUAAGACCCACUUUAGCCUGCUGUAGUGUUGGCCCAAGGCUACCAGUUUAUUCAAAUUUACAGUUCCUAAGCUGUCAUUUGAAUUCCUCAAUGUUGUGCAGUGUAAGGCACUCACAGUGGUUACCUGCAGUUGAACACCUUGUGGACUGACUCAGAGCAGUUCUUGAACUGUACACUGAUGUUAGAGGUGUGGCAAUAAUGUUUAUCCCACGACUUACUAAUCCUCAUUGUAUUGCAUGUGUAUCCUCAACUUUUUCUGGGUUAUCCCCCAAAAAGUCUUAAGGUGUGUUCAGACUGAACCCAAAGCUAAUUUCAGAGGCCAUGCAAAUGCAUCCAAAGUCAAAGGAAAGAUGUGAGUUGAUACAAGCAGUUGCAGAUUAAAAACUAGGUCGUGCAAACAUCUAAAAAUGCUUCCAUUCAAGCAAAAUAAAUUGCAUCCAUCCUGCAGCUGUAUGACUCCACUGCAGACACAAGACGAAAACAAUGUAAACUGGGAACUAACCUUAACAGAGAACUGGAGUUCCUGUUAUGGUUAUGUUGCUACCAAGCUAGCAGCAACAGCUAGCCUCUGUGGAGUUUGUCAAACGGAUAUUUGUGGCAACUAAUUGCACAGUAAAGCGAGAAGAUAUCGCUUUGAGUUCACUCCGAAAGCACCUUUAAAAUCACUGGUGUGAAUCCGAGCCAGAGCCAAAGCAGUCUCAGCUAGCUGUUUGCUGUUAGCAUACUGAUUUUUGAGCGUGAAUAUGUUUAACCUGAGGCUCGGAGUAAACUCGGGGUUAAUGAGUCCAAGUGUGAAAUGAGGUCAAGCUAUCCCUGGGCCGCUCUCUGUCGCCCUGCAGGGUUUAGGUCAACAGGCCGGAAAAAAAUGGAAGUGGGAAGAGGCCUCAUGUUUCAGGGGCCAAAAUGAGAUCCGAUAACCAUUUCCAGAAGCAACCUGCCGAGUGGAUGUGGUUGUUGGAGCGGCAUUUUAAAUUCACCUGGCGUUCGGGUGUUUUUCAGGACUUAAAAAAAAAAAAGAAUCCUAUUCCAGUGGGGCGAUGCAGCAGUAGGUGUCUGCUCUGCUGUCUGGAGGCCCUGAGACGCAGGCAUGUGCACACACAGACAUCAAAGGGGAGGCUUUUUUUUUUUUUUAUUAUUAAUAUAUAUAUUCCUGUUUGCACACAGCUUUCCUAUCAAACAAAUGUAUUUAUUGAAUUAAAAAAAUCUUAAUAUCCGGUCGGGAGUUUAGACUUUGUUGAAAUAAAUUGGAAAGGAAGUCAGAGUUGUGUACAUUUAACGUUUUGUUUAAAAAAAAAAAAAAGAAGGAAAAAGUUUUUUUAAAUAAAUAAUUAUAAGAAGUGCCCUUUUUCACUUGAGCCCCUGCCCCCCAAAAUGUCUGUGCACGUCCCUGCUGAGACGUCAGCUGUAGACGAUAUGAACAGACACUAAUUACACCAAACAGCUGCAACUGUGUGCUGCGAAUAUGUUUUUAGAUCUAAUCUAAUCUGACGAGACGGUAUACAAUACAUUUUGUAGGACUCAUAAUAUCCAUGUUUGAUUACAUGUUCUUAAUAUAGGCACAUAUGUCUGUGUGAGGCAGUGAAACAAGUCAUUUAUUCCCCUGCCUGGCAGUUUCUAAAGGAAACAGUGUCUACACUUGAAGCAACAAAAAAAUGUACUUAUCAGUAUGUUUCUCUGCAGUUUUUCAGUAGUUUAAGUUCCGCUUACCGGUUAAACAGAGACCAUGUUAUAUUUGUCGAUCUGUACCUUCUCUGUGUUUAUAAUAAGACAUAUUUUAUUACAAUUACAACCCAGUCUAAUGCUCUUUAAGUCAACACAGACUGCUUUCCAUUCAACCAACCUGACUAUCCGGCCGUUAAAGGAUUCCUGUUUUUUUUUUUUUACCACUAGUGGUGCUGUAGAGGAAUGUUUCCAGGAGCAGGACAUACAACACAAAUACACUUUAAAUCCUUUUUCUAGCUGUAAAGUUAACUUUUUCGGACAUGCAAAACAGAACUCUUCAGGAGCUAGCUAGGCUUACCUGUCACAUCACUGAAAAAAAAAAAAAAUUGAAAUGCUGCAAUGUCUC